AUGAUGAAUAUUGAAACAUUGCUACAAGCUGCACAAAUUUUGGAAAGUCAACAAUCAAUACCACCCAAAAAACGGCUAGUCAGAGGCGAUCGCCAAACUCCUAAUAAUAAUAAUAAUAAUAAUAAUCACCAUCAUCAUAUUCCAACAAGUGUUCUUUCAUCAACAACAGUAAAUACAAAUUCAACAACAAUAUUACCAACAUUAUCAUUAAUUAAAACUGAAAAUCUUACAGAACAACUUCAACUUGAUCUUAAUCUUAAUUUACAUCAUCUUAAUCAUGCAAUUCAACAAAAUUAUAAAACUAAUCAAAACAAAGAUGAUGACGAUGAUGAUGAUGAUGAUGAUGAUGAUAUUGAUCAAAAUAAUCCAAGUGCAGAUAGAAACAGUGAAAUAUCUAAUCGUGCUCAAACAUCAUGUCGUGAUCGUGAAAUACAUAAUCGAUUAGAAAAACAUCGACGAGCUCAUUUAAAAGAUUGCUUUGAUUCACUCAAAGCCGAAGUACCAUGUCAACGAGAUCGAAAAAUAACAAAUCUUCAAGUACUUAAUAUGGCUAUUAAAUAUAUUCAAGCUUUAACACGAAAAGAACGUCAAUAUGAAAAAGAAAUUGCCCAAUUAACAUCGAAUAAUAUUGAAUUACAAAAACGUCUUGGUGUACUUAAAACUGAAUUAAAUUCUGAAGGACAUGAUGUUGAUACAUGGCUCGAUACAUGUUCUGAUAUUGAUCGUUCAAUAUCAACUUGUACAGCUUCUGAAGCUGAAAUGUAUCGAACAUUUGAUGAUGAUGAUGAUGAUGAUGAUUUACAUGUAACAAAAAAAAAAUUAAUUAAUGGACAUGAUGAUUUCGAUGCCAAUAAUAAUAAUAAUAAUAAUCAUCAUCAUGGAAUUAAAACUAAUAUAAACAAUUCAUAUACAGUCGAUUCGAAAAUUAUCUUAUUAAAUAAUCGAAAAAAUACAACACGUCAAAGGUCAAAACCAUCAAAACGAAAAUUAUCAUCAAUACCAACAACAAAUUUAUUACAAACAUUACCAACAUCAAUACCAACACGUUCGGAAAAUUUACUUGAUUAUAAUACAACAAGACAUCUUUAUCUUGAUCAACCAUGUAAUUUAUUAACAACAACUAAAGAUAACUUAUCAACAACAUUAACACCAAUAACUGAUAUACGAUAUGAAAUUGUAGAUAUGUUUACAAAAGGUACAAGUUCACAUUUACAACAACAACAACAUCAACAAAUUUCACCAUUACCGUCCAUAGCUAGUCUAAUAAAUAGACAUUCAUCACCGGUGGUUUCACCAACAAAACAAACUAUUGGUAUUAAUACAGAUUCAUUAACAACAUCGACAACAAACAUUCUACAUCAACCUGUUGCUACAUCGUGA